AUGGUGCAACUUCCAAGGCAUGUAGCUUUAAAAUCAAAGUACAACGCCAACUAUUUGCGUUAUUUGAAUGAAGCUUCACCAGUUCAGACAUUUCUCCAGUAUUCUGGAGACACAGUUCUGAGUCCAUACACAAAGUUUGACAUUGAGCAGGCCAAAUGUGACCCUUCAUUGGUCAAUAUACGAUGUUGCUACAACAACAAAUAUUGGGUAAGUUUGCCUUCAGACCAUAACUACAUUGUUGCACAAGCUGACAAGACUGAGGAAGAUAAAUCCAAAUGGAAUUGCACAUUAUUCCAACCUAUCUAUGACAACACUCAUCAUGCUUUUCGAUUUCGUCAUAUCUAUCUUGGUUUCAAUAUUGUGUUGUGGAGAGUUGGCCCUCCAUAUGGGGAUUGCUUGCGUGCACAAUGGUCAGACCCCGAUAGAGAUCUUUGCGAUCUUAGCACAAUCAUUGAUUGGGGAACUUUGCUUUCCAUACCUAAAUAUAUUGCUUUCAAGGGUGAUAAUGGUUGCUUCCUUAGUUCUCGCUGGAUUGAAGGCCAUCAAUAUCACCAAUUUGCUUCAAAUGACAUCGGAGAUCCUACGAUUGGGAUGGAAACUUUCAUCACAAAAGAUGGGAGUAUUCGUGUAAAGUCAAAUUACUUUGGCAAAUUUUGGAGGCGUAGUCCUAACUGGAUUUGGGCUGAUUCCACUGACACCUCAACAAACAAUCCUGACACUUUGUUUUGGCCAACAAAAGUUGAUAACAAUAAUGUUAUUGCUCUACGUAACUUGGGUAAUAACAACUUUAUCAAGAGGCUCACAACCGAAGGCAAGACAAGUUGUCUCAAUGCUGCCAUCAACACAAUUGACGAAACUGCACGGUUACAAAUGGUAGAGCCUGUUCUUCGAAGAGAAAUAUAUAAUGUGAAUUACCGUCUUGCAGAUUCCAGAGUCUAUGAUCAAAUUCCACUUGUGAUGGCCACUGGGGAUGCUACCAACCGAACACAAGUAGCCAACACGAUGAAUUUGAAUCUAUCGUAUACUGAAACCAAAUCAAGCACGUGGAGUUCUUCAGUUUCUACAAAAUUGGGUGUCAAAACAACUUUGGAAACAGGUGUUCCCUUUAUUGCUGAUGGAAAGGUUGAAAUAUCUGCUGAGUUUAGUGGAUCGUACCAAUGGGGAGAAACUAAAACAACAUCACAGACACUUGGAACUACAUAUCAAGUAACUGUGCCACCAAUGAGUACUGUGAUUGUCAGUUUGCUCGCAACUAAGGGUACGUGUGAUGUUCCCUACUCGUACACUCAAUGUGAUACUCUCAUCAAUGGGGAAACAAAAAUUUACGAAAUGGAUGAUGGUGUUUACACUGGCAUCAAUUGCUAUAACUUCAAGUACGAAGUUAAAAGCAAACCAUUAGGAUGUUAA